CAGGACCAUUUACCUUUGCGGCUGUCUGCAGCCACAGCUCGUCACACAGUCACGCUGGCGUGGAAGGGGAACAGCGGAGGCAGAUCAUUCUGCUGAUCCCAGCACCUUUGGUUAUUAAGGGAAGCACCAGCACCUCCUUGAUCGCUUCCCUCCUCCUUUUUUUUUGCCAAUCGCCAUCCCACGACAGCCUACCCGGAGGAAAGGAGUCGGGGAGGGGAAAGCGAGGACACACCCGCACAUACUGUACCGGGUGUACACGGCGAGGAUGCUGCAGACAACAUGAGGUGAAUAUCAUCGACUGCCCCACAUUGGAAUUUUUUUUUGUUUUUACUGAAGACACAAGAGCUGAUUGUCGCAGCUGGUUAUUCACCUCUGUGGUACCAGUGUCCAGCAGGAGCAUCACAUCAGAUAUGAAAAAGAUGUCUGCAGUCCGAUCCUAGGUGACAUCCUGUGGCCGUCAGGUCUUUACGGUGUUGAGCCCCCUCCCUCUCCUGGCCCCUGCCUGCAGUUCUCCAGGCUGCAGGACCCAGACUCACUGAAAAGUGCAGGCCUCCUCCCCCUGCAGAAUGACUGUUGCCACAGGCGACCCCUCUGACGAGGCGGCUGCGCACCCGGGGCACCCGCAGGACUACGACCCGGAGGCCGACCAUGAGUGUUGCGAGAGGGUGGUCAUCAACAUCUCAGGGCUGCGCUUUGAGACUCAACUCAAAACCCUCUCCCAGUUCCCGGAGACUCUGCUGGGGGACCCCAAAAAGAGGAUGCGCUACUUUGACCCACUGAGGAAUGAGUACUUUUUUGACAGGAACAGACCCAGCUUUGACGCCAUAUUGUAUUAUUACCAAUCAGGGGGUCGGCUAAGAAGGCCGGUCAACGUCACCCUUGAUAUUUUCUCAGAGGAGAUCCGCUUCUACGAGCUGGGCGACGAGGCCAUCGAGAUAUUCAGAGAAGACGAGGGUUUCAUCAAGGAGGAGGAGCGGCCUCUACCUGACAAUGAGUUUCAGAGACAGGUGUGGCUGCUGUUCGAGUACCCCGAGAGCUCAGGUCCUGCUAGGAUUAUCGCCAUAAUCUCUGUCAUGGUCAUUCUGAUAUCUAUUGUCAGUUUCUGCUUGGAGACCCUCCCCAUUUUCCGCAAUGACGAAGACGAUAUGCACAAGUCUCACUCGAAAGUCUAUUCACCUGAGACCAACACCACAAUCAUCAGCUAUACAUCCACCUACUUCACCGACCCCUUCUUUAUCCUGGAGACUCUCUGCAUUAUAUGGUUCUCCUUUGAGUUUCUAGUGCGCUUCUUCGCCUGCCCCAGCAAAGCAGGCUUUUUUGGUAAUAUAAUGAACAUUAUUGAUAUUGUUGCUAUCAUUCCCUACUUCAUCACGCUCGGCACAGAGCUCGCAGACAGGCCAGAGGAUGGUCAAGCGGGUCAGCAAGCCAUGUCCUUAGCCAUUCUCAGGGUCAUCCGCUUAGUACGAGUCUUCAGAAUUUUCAAGCUCUCACGUCACUCCAAGGGGCUUCAGAUUUUGGGUCAAACCCUGAAAGCCAGUAUGAGAGAGCUCGGCCUGCUCAUUUUCUUCCUCUUCAUAGGAGUCAUCCUCUUCUCAAGCGCCGUCUACUUUGCCGAAGCAGACGAGCCCGAGUCGCAGUUUGAAAGCAUCCCAGAUGCAUUUUGGUGGGCGGUGGUGUCCAUGACGACAGUCGGCUACGGUGAUAUGGUCCCGACUACGAUUGGUGGCAAGAUUGUGGGUUCCCUCUGUGCCAUCGCAGGUGUGCUGACCAUCGCCCUGCCCGUGCCUGUCAUUGUGUCCAACUUCAACUACUUCUACCACCGUGAGACUGAAGGGGAGGAGCAGGCGCAGUACCUGCAGGUCAACGUGCCCAAAGCUGAUUCAGCCGAGGAGCUGAAGAAGAGCCGGAGCGGCUCCACCAUCAGUAAAUCGGACUAUAUGGAGAUCCAGGAGGCUGUGAACAACAGCAACGAGGACUUUCAGGAGGAGAACCUUAAGACGGCCAACUGCACGCUGGCCAACACAAACUAUGUAAACAUCACCAAAAUGCUCACAGACGUGUAGUCGUCUGCUGCUUUCCUCCCUGUCACAGCGGGAAAUGUGGAGCCGAGCAACCGGACGGGACAGGUGUACAGCCUCCCACCUCACGUGUGCUGGAAAAAUCAAGGCAAUAGAAUUCAGGAUGUUGAUGAUGAUAGACAGUGAACAAGAAAAAAAGAAAAUAAAUUACAAAGACCAUCCGCUCACUCCUCGCUCAUCCUGUCUUCACCCCUCACAACUUGCCCUUAAAACUCCUGAAAAACUGUCAGAGUGGAAUUUAAAAUUUUGCAUUUCUGCAUGGAGUUGGCUUUUAUGUGUGUGUGUGGCUGUUUCAAAAAAAAAAAAAAGAUUAAUGAUGCCUAAAAAAUUUCCCGCUCACAA